AUGAAAAUGACCAUCUAGAACAUGGGGUUGAAUCAGAUAUUAUAUUGGACACUGAAUCACCUGCAAUAAAUGAUAAAAAUUACCAUCUAAGACAUGGAGUUGAAUCAGAUAUUAUAUUGGACACUGAAUCAUCUGCUAUACAUGUGGCAAAUACUACACUUGAUUUGAAUUCAGAAUACCCUACUGAUAGAGGUAAAUUCCCUGACAACAUUACUGAUUCUAACUUAAAGAAACAAAUCAUCGCAUAUGGUCCAUGUAAGCCAACAAACAAAUAUCUUUUGAAAAAUGUCAGUUUGAAAAAUUCUGGUCAUUCUUUUUCAAUUGAUUAUUAUCACUUGACUACUAUAACUGGAAUGAAAAUUCCAAGGCAAUGGUUUUGUUUUUCAGUUAUAAUGAAUAAGGUAUACUGUGAAACUUGUUGGCUCUUUGCCAACAGAUUAAACGCAAAUUUCAAGUAUAACUGGAUUCAUGGUAUAUGUGACUGGCAAAAUUUGAAAAAACAAAUAUCAAUUGAAGCUCAAUUUUGGAAAGAUGUUUUGACCAGAUUAAUAAAAAUUAUUCUAAGUCUUACUGCUGGAAACUGUGCAUUAAGAGGAAAUGAAGGGGAAAAAAAUACUGAUUCAGAAGGAAAUUUUCUACGCACCGUUAAACUUAUUGCUGAAUAUGAUCCUGUAUUGAACAAGUUACUUUACAAUGAAGAGAUGAAAAUAAAAUAUCUUAGUUGGAAAAUACAGAAUGAGCUCAUAGAACUUUUGGCAUCAAAUGUUAAAAAAAUAAUCUGUGACGAGAUUCGAAAUGCUCAAUGCUUUGCUAUAAUAAUGGACUCAACCCAAGAUAUCACAAAAGUAGACCAGGUUAGUUUAAUUAUAAGAUAUGUUAUAGUUGAUUAUGAAGAAAAAUCUUUUAAAAUAAUGGAAUCUUUUUUGGGAUUUUAUCCAUUAAUCAAGCAUGGUGCUAAAUUGGACAUAAAAAGAUGUAGAGGUCAAGGGUAUGAUGGGGCAUCAGUUAUGAGUGGUGCAUAUACUGGUGUCCAAAAAAGGAUUUCAGAUGUUGUACCAAGUGCUUCCUACAUUCAUUGCACAGCUCAUAACCUCAAUUUGGUUAUUUCUGAUAUUGCUAAAAGCUCUCAAAAAGUAGCUUUAUUCUUUGAUAUUGUACAAGAUAUAUUUCUGUUCUUUAGCAAGAGUGCACCUAGAUGGACAUCAUUGGCUUUUGGUGAGAAGACCGCAGAUCAAAUAAGAAAUAAAGUAUUAAAAAAAGUAUUACAAUCACCACAAACCAAUCUUCACAAGGCAUGUGAUUUAUUGCAAGGAACAAUUUUAUCAAUUGAAAAAAUGAGAGAUGGUUAUGAUGAACUUGUUGCUACUGGAUUAUGCCAUAAAUGGGGUAUAUCUAUAACAAAACCUACAACCCGUAAAAUAUAUUCAAAACAAUACUGUGGAGAAAUUCAAGGAGAUAAACGAUUAGAUGUGCCUGAAGAAAAAUUUCGUAUAGCAAUUUUUUAUCCUCUCAUUGAUACAGCUUUAUUUCAGUUACGUGAUCGAUUUAAAGGACUUCAUUCCGUUUCAAGAAAUUUUGAAUUUUUACUUCCACAAAAUAUAGUUACUAUGAAAGAGUCAGAAAUAGUUAAAUCUUGUUAUGAUUUCAUAUCAUUUUACAAUAACGAUGUGACAUCAGAUUUAAUAAGACAACUAAUUUCAUUAAAAGAAUUUAUUAAAAAUACAAAAAUUCAAACUAUUCAAGAAUUGACAUCUUUUAUAAUUGAAUAUGAUCUUUCAUCCCUUUACAGUGAAAUUCUCACAGCUUGUAUUAUAUAUUUAAGUCUCCCAGUUACUGUAGCUACGGCCGAAAGGUCAUUUUCCAAAUUAAAACUCCUAAAAAAUUAUCUUCGGAAUUCUAUUUCGCAAGAUAGAUUAACUGGCAUAAGUAUACUUAACAUAGAAAAAUCAAGGACAAAAUAA